GUAUAAAUAAACAUUAGUGACACUGUAAUAUUAGUAAACAUUAACAAAUUAAUCUAAAAUAUUUUUUAGUACAAUAUUGUAGUUUAAUAGUAAAAUAAUAUAUUUUAAGACUGGUUAAUAAAUAUAUCUUGACAUUUAUACUAUUUUACAAAUAAAACCGUACUAUCAACAUAAAUUCUAACCUAUAAAAUUUGGCCCAUCGAAUCAAGCAUGAACUUUAAAAAUUGGGGUUUCAGCGAUUUAUCAGUUAGUAAAGAAUAUGAUAGUAAAAAGUACUAUCUUUUUGAAAGACUUGGAUUUAAUACCAUAGCUAUUAACUCAUAUGUAGAAGAAACUGAUGAAGAACCCAAGAAAAAGAAACGAAAGGGUGAAAUCAAGGAAAAAAAAGAUUUUAUUCCUCCCCCUAUAGAUAUCUCCAAUGAAGGGAAGGGAAAUCUCAACAUAUUGCAAAGAAUAACUAUAGGAUUUUCAGAUUCCAGUGUUGCUAUUAAGAUGAAUAGCUCAGAAAAUUUAAAAAAGUAUGACAUAAUUGCAGUUAUUCCUAAAACUUUACAAGCUUUUCAGUAUGCAUGUGGCACACUAGAUGUAGAUAUUAUAACAUUUGAGCCAGAAAGUAGAAUACCAUAUAAAAUUAGUCGAAAGCUAUACCGGCAAGCUGUUGAACGAGGUAUAUUUUUUGAAUUGAUGUAUGCUCCUGCUAUAAAAGAUUCUUCUGCAAGGAAAAACAUUAUAAGCGCUGCCCAUAACUACCAUGCUGUUGGGAAAUCAAGGAACAUUAUUAUCACAAGUUCUGCUCUAACUCCCAUACAAACAAGAAGUGUUCAUGAUAUUAUCAAUCUUGGUUUUAUUUUUGGGCUAAAUAGUAACGAAAGUGUAAAAGCAAUAAGAAAUAAUGUGCGUCAACUUAUUCUUAAGGCCCAAGGAAGAAAAUGUGGAAAACAUUAUAUGGAAAUUGAAAGUAUAGAUGUUAAGGAAAAUAAACCAAAUUUUGAGUGAA